UCAACAGUAAAAACGUCAAAAAUACCGCAGAGAUUGAAAAAGUUACGAUUUUUUUUCCUAAAAUUAGUUACUUAUCCAAAAGUUUUCCAAAAAUUGUGAUUCCAUCAUCAUGGGUCGCCGUUCAAUCAACACCACCAAGAGUGGAAAGUAUAUGAAUCCAACGGAUCAAGCUCGUAAAGAAGCACGCAAGAAAGAGCUGAAGAAAAACAAAAAGCAACGGCAGAUGGUGCGGGCUGCCGUUUUAAAGGGAAAAGAUCCGGCCCAACUGAUUGAGGAGAUGGAAAAGAUAGACGAGAUGGAGUUCAACGUGUACCAGCCUUCACCGUUAAACGAGAAGGUGCUGAAGGAAAAACGUAAGAAGCUCAAGGAGACACUAGACCGGGUUAUGCGUCUCUAUCAAGCGGACGAUCCAGAUUUGUGGGGUGAGCUUAAGCGAAAGGAAGUAGAUUACGAAAAACGUCGCAAUAAACGAAUUCAGUACUAUGAGAGUGUUCGGCAUGCAGAACAAGUUCAAGUGGACGAUAUUCCGUUGCCUUCGGCAAAUGAAACUCCUACUCCACUGUCGAUUCCACGUAUACCUAUUCCUCCCGUGCUGCCGGCGAUUAUUCCCCCUAUCAAACCUGCACCACCGCCGGUGCUGAAGAAACCUGUCGAAAAUCCAAUCGAACCUAUGGAGCCAGUGGAUGACGAUGAUGAUAUACCUGGAUGUCCACCUGGCCCACCGCCUGAUCUGUUUGCGAUGCCAGAACUUGAUUUCGAUUUACAAGAAUUCCACAAUGAAACGCAGAAGAGCGUUAAGUUCUUCGAUGAUGCCGAUUCUCGUGACAACUCGGACGAUUCUGACGUUGAAAAACCGAAACAACCCAGUACCGUACAGCAGAAAAUGCUGGCAAUUUCUGGCCAAAAUCUGGAUGAAUUCAUGAAGGAGAUGGAGAACGUGCAGAAGAAAAAAGAUCAGUUAGAUUUGGCAGCGACAGGCGCUAUACCAAUUCCCACCAAACCUCCGAUUGCUCUACCAAAUCCAGCGCCACAUCCAUCGGAUCCCACGGUUAAGUACGUCCCAAUGCCAUCGAUUCCGAUGCCAGGACCCAUUCAGCCAGCUCUUAUGAUCCGACCUCCUCCACUGCGCCCUGGACUCCCCGGUAUGCCAGGGCUGCGAAUGCCACCUCGACCACCACCAGGCAUCCCACCGCGAUUGGGUAUUCGAAUGCCUCCGGGACCCCCAGCCGGGCCACCACCGAAACACAUCCAGCAGCAGCACAUGCGAAAUAUGCUCCACCAGCAGCAGCAUAAGGAUCCGAAAAGUGCCACAAUCUCGGCCAAACCGCAAAUCCGUAAUCUCAGCGCCGACGUUACCCGAUUUGUUCCGAGUACUUUGCGAACCAAAAAAGACGAAGCUAUCAAGCGACCGCAGCAGAAUCGUUCGGACCUGGGAGGACACAACCAGCACCAGCAUCCUCAUCACCAUCACCACCAGCAGCAACAGCAUCAUCAUCCGGGACAUCAUUCGCAGCAUUAUCAGCAACAGCAUAUGCAUCCGGGACGGGCGGGCAACGUGGGUGCACCGGAUCCGGGCAAACCAAGCAAGGACGAUGCCUAUCUGCAGUUUAUGCGAGAGAUGGAAGGUUUGCUUUAGACGUGUUUCAGGUUGCUUACUAGUGUUAAAUAUAAACUUAUGAAAUGGAUAAUUACAAUUGUUUUUUUUCUGGCAGUCAUCAGUUUUCACGAAAUGUAGAAGUGUCGAAAUUAUUUUUUAAAUAAUAACUCCAUUGAU